ACUGGGGCCAGCAGCAACGUCACUGGUUUGAGGCACGUUCGUCGCUCGCGGUCGCCCGUCAGUGCAAUUGAACACAAACAAACUCAAGUGACCACAGAGAUUGAAUGAAACAAGGCUCCAGCGACACCUGCGUCAAGCCACGAUCAUGUCUGGCGCACACCUCUCGCGGGACGACUGCGACCUCUUCUACACCAUCCAUGGCCCUAGUUCUGGACUGCCGGUCCUUCUCAUCCAUGGUUGGACGUGCGACAUGACCGACUGGAGCUUCCAGCUGCCAUUUCUCCUGCAGACACACAAGUGCUUCCGCGUCAUCGCUAUGGACCUGCGCGGCCACGGGGCGAGCCGGACUCUCCAGGCAGACGGCCACACCGAGACAGACAUGUCGCCGACGGCCAUGGCCGAGGAUGCCGCAGAGAUUCUCCGCCGGAGCGGUGUCGACGACAGUAACAAGGCCAUAAUCAUAGCGCACAGCCUAGGCACUACCGUGGGGAUCGAGCUUUCCCACGGGCACCCAUCGCUGGUAAAGGGCCUGGUCCUGCUCGACCCGUCGUAUCAGGCGCCGUUGCACAUGUUUCUCGGCCUUGUCGAGCAGCUGAAGGACGAUUACGAAACGGCUCUAGCCUCCUGCUUCGAAGCGCUUUACCCGUCCGAGACCCCGGAGUACAUCAAGACGUGGAACCUGUUGCGAGCGUUGAGCAUGGACAAGGGUGCCGCAAUUCGGUCAGUGGAGCAGCAGGUCGAGUGCCUCCUGCCGAGCGGCGUCGAGUAUGCCAGGCGGACUCGCGUCAAGGUGCCCAGGCUAGUGAUGAGUUCGGCCGGUCAGUUUCUAGACGCCAUUAGAGAGGCUGGGUGGGACGACGAGCUCGACAGGCUGGAAUUGUUGGAGGCAGGCGGACACUGGAUGAUGAAGACGAAGCCUGACGAGGUCAACCGCCUGAUUCAGAGCUGGCUCGAAGGUCGCUCGUUUAUAGAUACGCCGUGAUGAUGACACCAAUGGUUUUUCCGGCUUGUCUCCGUGUCGGCCGUGCUGGUUAAUGGAGUUGAUGGCUCGCUAGCUGUUCCACACGAGGAAAAGUGCAUUGUACUUCAUCCUUGACCGC